UGUUACUGGAAAGACAGAAACCUUUGAAGACUACCAACCAGGAUCUGUACAACAAUAAUGUCGCCUUCUUUCUCCGCAACACGUAGUGCUCGCAUGGGAACAGUUGCAGAAGAAAAUCGUUGAUAUAUAUUAGCCCAGUCUCGACGCCCUAAUUGAUUUCACGCUCAAAAUUCUGCUGAGACCAAAGAGACAAAGCGCGAAUAGCGUAGUACGUACUGGAGUUAACGGUUAUUCAUUCUGUCGGGGGCAAAACCCAAAACCCAAAAGCUGUGUUCUUUCAUGGUGAAAGCGAGCGUUCCUCGUCCAAUCAUUGACUAGGUAGAAAGAAGAGGUCAAAGGUCGUAUGUAUGUUAAUGUGUAAUGUGUAAUGUGUUCUCCACCCAAUACUAGGCUGUCUUUCCUUCAGACAUUCAUGUCACGAACCCCGCUGUGACUGUGAGUGACCUUCACGAUCUCGCCACUCUCUCUCUCUCUCUCUCUCUAACCUCCCGGUUUUUCAUCCAUUUAUUCGCAAUCUUCGGAUCACCACAAGACCCUUUUUUUCUUUAUGCGCCUCUGUUUCCUGAAUCGGAAGAAUCCAUUUUUUUUUCUCAUAAUCCUCUCCUCUUUCUUGUCUAUUUCUCUUCUGGGUAUUUCUCAUUUGGAUUCUCUUUCACGAAUUUCCCCCAAAAGAAUCCAUUUUUAAUCACAAAAUUCUUAAUUUGUUGAUAAAUUGGUUAAUCUCUCUCUCUUUCUCUUUCUCUCUGUGAGAUUCUUGAUUUGUGUUUCCUUGUUUUUGCCGGUUGUGUUGUGAUUUCUUCGUGUCUUGAGUGUCGAGAGUUUUAAGGUUGUUUUGUUGAUGUCAUUGGCUGUUGGAGUGGCAUCAAGUUCAGGAAGCAUGGGAGAGGGGGCUGGCGAGGUUUCAGAGACAAAAUUAGUGGGAGAUUCAGAGCAUGGAGCCGAAGGUGAGAAAAAGGUUCCCAGGCAUAUGAGUGGGAGCUCCAUGGAUGAGGAAGAUGAAGACACUGAAAGCAAGAUUGAAUUGGGUCCUCAGGUUUCUCUCAAGGAUCAAAUUGAGAAAGAUAAGGAUGAUGAGAGCUUGAGAAGAUGGAAGGAGCAACUUCUUGGGAGUGUGGAUAUGAAUUCUGUAGGGGAAUCUCUGCAUCCAGAAGUGAAGAUUUUGAGCCUUGCAAUCAAAUCUCCUGAUAGAGCUGAUAUUAUCCUCCCCAUCCCCGAGGAUGGAAAUCCUAGCGGCCCGUGGUUUACUUUGAAAGAAGGGAGCCGUUACAGUCUAACUUUUACGUUCCAGGUUAACAACAACAUCGUCUCUGGCCUCAAGUAUACAAACGCGGUAUGGAAAACUGGCAUUAAAGUGGAUGGCACGAAGCAAAUGCUCGGGACCUUUAGUCCUCAACCAGAGCCUUACGAGCAUGAAAUGACCGAAGAGACAACCCCUUCUGGCAUGUUUGCUAGGGGAUCAUACACAGCAAAGUCGAAGUUCCUUGACGAUGAUAACAAGUGCUACCUGGAGAUCAACUAUACAUUUGAAAUCAAGAAAGAUUGGCCAGCAACAUAAACACAGUUACUGGAUGCUGAAUUGUUAUUAUACCUGGAGUGUUCUUGUUUCAUUGUUGAGUAUUUGAUAGUCUUUCUCAAGUAAUUUUCUGAAGAGGGUAAAGUCUGUGCUUCAUUGUUAAGAUGAUAUGGAUUGAGGGGGUAAAAUUUAGCUGUCAGAUUCUUGUUUGUUGAGUGUUAUUGUUAUGGUGAUUCAAUAAAGUUUUUAAGUUUUGGC